AGCUCAGUAGGGUAUACACUCCCGAGAAUACCCUUCGUCUCUACAAUCUACACCACUCUCUGUUUCUAAUAAACCCCAAACGGCCAAACCUUGAAACCGAAAACCCCAACUACAGCUUAUUCGUAACAAAAAAAAAAAAAAAUCAACAAGUAAAUAUGUUGCUCCGAUCACUCCUCCGAGCAACCACCGGCGCCGCCUCACCACUCCGGCAAUAUCAGUGGCAGCUCACCAAUUGCCGGAACAUGGCCUCUAAAACCCCUAAAGCUAAAGGUGGUUCCACCAAAGGAAAGAAAACCCAGCCAAAAUUCGAUAAGAAAACACAGACCAAAUCCGAUCUAAAGGAUAAGAAGCCUGAAGAAGUGCUGGUGGCGAGCCCCGACUCUAUUGCUAAACAAGAUGCGGAGCUCCGCCGCCGUCUGCUAGCGGAGGAUGAGAAGAACCCCGCCCUCGACGUGGGCCCCAAUGGCCGCUCUCUCUUCACUUCCGCUCCGUCUCUCUCGUCCCUCACCGAUAAUGAUGUCAACCAUUACUUUCGAUUCAGCAUGAAGGAGUUAAACGAGGUUUUGCCAGAGGGGCUUCCAUUGGGAAUGGUGAAGGAAUUUGAGGAAUCAUGCAGGAGUGCCUUGUUGGUGCGGCGGUGUUUCAUUGAACUUCGGGAUAAUUUCAGGCAGGCUGCUGAUCCUUCAUUAGCAGCUAAGUCUAAAGGUCAUAAAGUAAGAAAGCAAAUUGUACUAGAUGGCCUUUUGAGUUGUGGGAAGAGUACUGUACUUGCAAUGCUUGUUAACUGGGCCCGCAAGGAAGGUUGGCUUGUGCUUUAUGUCCCUCGAGGCCGAGACUGGACACAUGGUGGAUUAUUCUAUAAAAAUCCUGAGACUAAUCUGUGGGAUACCCCUGUGCAGGCUUUAAACAUUCUACAAGAUUUCUUGAAGUUCAAUAAGUCUUUAUUGGAAGGUAUAACUUGCAAAAUACUUGAUCCUAUUCCUUUGGGAGAGGGUGCUGGUGUUGGCUGGCCAAAGGGUAGGGAUAAGAUGCAAAUUCUUGAAGGGACAACUCUUUCCCAGCUAGUUGAGGCUGGAGUUAAAGACUCACAUGCUGCUGUUGGAGUGGUGGUUAGAUUGAGGAAGGAAUUAUCUAAAGUGACUAGCGUCCCCGUUCUUAUUGCAAUUGAUCAAUAUAAUAAUUGGUUCACAUUUACUGACUUUGAGGAGCCAGUGACGGAUCGUUCUGUUCGACCCAUUCAUGCUAGAGAAGUUGCUACUGUCAAUGCAUUCAGGUCAAUGAUGCAUGAUGAUAUGAUGGUGGGCGCCUUUUCUCAUUCAACUGCCGUUGGAAAAUUGCGUCAAGAAUUGCCAGAUGUUCCUACUGAUGCUCGAAUCAUUCUCCCUCGGUACAAUUUGGAUGAGGCCGCUACCGUCUGCCAUUACUAUCUCAGGCAAAGACUAGCGAAGCAUGAUGCAUUUACGGAGGAAAACUGGAAAAAGAUCUUCUACUUGUCUCAUGGAAAUGGAACAGAAAUGAGAUAUUUAGUUCCUUUCAUGCGGUGACACACAUCAACUCUCAAAAGACAAAUGCUAAAAUUUUCACGGUCCCAGCAGUCAGAAGAAGGUUGGGAGCAUGCUGCCUUACACCAGAGAACCAACUUAAAAAAUGUUGUGUUUUGUUUGAGAUAGGAUACCGCCAUUUCAGGUUAAUGUGUUUGGACAUACUAGUAUAAUGCCCUGAAUUUUUUUGGGGGGUUGGGAUUAUUAACAAUCUAGGAUUUUGGGUACAAUUGAAUUAUUGAUGUCAUGCCUAGUCUCCCAUGUUUUAUUUUGGAUAUAAUAUUUUCCGCUUGUAAUGAAUAAGGCUGUCAUUACAUACAGGUUGGUGCUACUAUGCAACAAGUAUUUAUAUUUAUA